AUGCAAUUCAAAAAUCAAACAGCAGUCUCAGAUUUCCUUCUCCUGGGAUUGACUGAUGAUCCAGAGCUUCAGCCCCUCAUCUUCAGCCUCUUUCUUUCGAUGUACCUGAUCACCAUCUUGGGAAAUCUGCUCAUCAUAUUGGCCAUCAGCUCUGACUACCACCUCCACACUCCCAUGUUCUUCUUUCUCUCUAUUCUAGCCCUUAGUGACAUCUGUUUAAGCACAACUACGAUUCCAAAGAUGCUGGUGAACAUCCAAGCACAGGAUCAGAGCAUCACCUACAUAGGCUGCCUCACACAGAGCACCUUUGUUGUGAUUUUUGCUGGUUUAGAAAGUUGUAUCCUUGCAGUGAUGGCCUAUGACCGCUAUGCGGCCAUUUGUCAGCCCCUAAGGUACCAGGUCAUCUUGACCCCUGAUUUCUCUGUGUUCUUGGUUCUUCUCUCCCUGGUCAUUAGCACUAGUCAUGCCCUGCUCCACAAUCUGAUGGCACUGCGGCUAUCUUUCUGCACAAACAUGCAAAUCUCUCACUUCUUCUGUGAACUGGCUCAGAUCUUCAAGCUUGCCUGCUCUGAUAUUUUUAUAAAUACUCUUCUAGUCUAUUCAGCAGCAAACAUAUUCUUUGGUGUUCAUGUUGCUGGAAUUAUUUUCUCUUAUGCUAAAAUUUUUUUCUCUGUUUUCAGAAUGCCCACAGUGGCUGGAAGGUAUAAAGCUUUUUCCACCUGUGGGUCUCACCUCUCUGUGGUUUCCUUAUUCUAUGGAACAGGUUUUGGUGUGUAUUUCAGUUCCACUGUUUCUGACUCUUCAACUAAGAAUGCAGUGGCUUCAGUGUUGUACAUUGUAAUCCCUCAAAUGAUUAACCCCUUUAUCUACAGUUUGAGGAACAGAGAAAUUAAGAUAGCUCUGCAUCUCCUCAUUAUGGGGAAGCCUUUUAUAUUCUUGUGUGAUUAG